CACUCUACUUCACAGAGCACCGCGGAUCCCGUGAAGGCACCACGCGGUCCAGUCUUCUCGCACAUUCCACCAGCAAGGUGUCCUCACACAACUCGGAAGAGAGUGGGAAGCGAGGGGGAAAAAAAAGGCAAAGAGUGUAGAAAGAAGAAGACGGCGAAGGAGGAGAGAAAGAGACAAAAUAAAGAGCAAAGAAGAAGAGGAGGUGUUCGCCGAGAAGAUGCUGACUCCAGCCGGCUUCUUGGCUGCGGUCGUUCUGGGCUUGAGCGCGGCUCACUCCAAAGUGAAUAAACACAAGCCGUGGAUCGAGACGUCAUACCAUGGGGUGAUCACUGAAAACACUGACGUUGUUCUGCUGGAUCCCCCUCUGGUGGCUCUGGACAAGGAUGCCCCAAUCCCAUAUGCAGGGGAGAUCUGCGCUUUCAACAUCCACGGGUUGGAUGCUCCAUUCGAGGCAGUGGUGCUUAACGGCACUUCGGGGGAGGGCCAGCUGAGGGCCCGCGGCUUGGUGGACUGCGAGCUGCAGAAGGAGUACACCUUCAUCAUUCAGGCUCAUGACUGCGGUUCAGGACCAAGAGGCACGGAGGGCAAAAAGUCCCACAAGGCAGUGGUCCAUAUUCAGGUCAACGAUGUGAACGAGUUUGCUCCGGUGUUCCGGGAGCCCCAGUACCAAGCUGCAGUGACAGAGGGCAAGAUUUAUGACAGCAUCCUACAAGUGGAGGCCACUGACCAGGACUGUUCCCCUCAAUACAGCCAGAUCUGUAACUACCAGAUCACCGCUACCAACACACCGUUUGCUAUAGACCGCAACGGUAACAUCCGGAACACAGAGAAGCUGAGCUAUGACCGAGAGCAACAGUAUGAGAUCCAGGUGACUGCCUGGGACUGCGGCCAGAAGAGAGCUUUGCACAGCGUCUCCGUCCGCAUUGACGUCAAACCUGUCUGCAAACCCGGCUGGCAAGGUUGGAGUAAGCAAGUUGACUAUGAGCCAGGAACAGGCAGUAAGCCGUUGUUUCCCAAAAUGCAUCUGGAGACCUGUGGAGAACCACUGUCAUCUGCGAGGACCACCGUGGAACUUCAAACCAGUCAUAUUGGGAAGGGCUGCGACCGUGAGACCUACUCUGAGAAGUCGUUACAAAAAUUAUGUGGAGCCUCAUCAGGCAGCACUGACCUUCUGCCCACCCCUUCUACUGCCACGAACUGGACAGCUUCUCUGGUGACUGACAGCGGGAGGGACAGUGACUUGAUAUUCAGGUUUGACGGUCACCAGGCGGCUAAAAUUCCAAGCUGGGUGGUACCUCAGAACCUGACAGACCAGUUCACUAUAGCGACCUGGAUGAAGCACGGGCCCAGUCCUGGGCUCAGGGCUGAAAAGGAGACCCUGCUUUGUAAUUCGGAUAAGACGGAGAUGAAUCGCCAUCACUACUCCCUGUAUGUCCACAAUUGCCGCUUGGUGUUCCUGCUAAGGAGAGACUUUACCCAGGUGGACACGUUCAGGCCUGCUGAGUACCACUGGAAACUGGACCAGAUCUGUGACAAGGAGUGGCAUUACUACGUCAUCAAUGUAGAGUUCCCAGCGGUGACACUCUAUGUGGAUGGAGUGACCUAUGACCCCUACCUGGUGACUGACGACUGGCCCAUUCACCCGUCGGAGAUCGACAUGCAGCUGACAAUCGGUGCCUGCUGGCAAGGUGGCGAGGUGACCAAGCCACGGUUUACUCAGUAUUUCCGGGGCAGCCUAUCUGGACUGACCAUCCGACCCGGGAAGAUCGAGAGUCAGAAAGUCAUUUCCUGUCUGCAGGCUUGUAAAGAAGCACUGGACAUCAACUCCCUUGAGAGCCUGGAUAAGAGCAUCAAGUUUCACUUCAACCCAGCUCAGUCCAUUCUGGUGAUGGAGGGAGAGGAUUUAGAAAACAUGAACACUGCCCUGAGGAAGGUCUCCUACAUAAACUCUCGCCAGUUCCCCACCGCAGGAGUACGACAUCUUCGCAUGUCUACUGCUGUCCAGUGCUUCGGUGAGGACACUUGCAUCACCAUCCCUGACAUAGAGGCGGUUGUGAUGGUGCUGCAGCCCAGCGAACCCAGGAUAACCAUCACUGGACUGAAACGACACAGUCUACCGGCUUCUGACCUCAGGGCUCCUGGCGGUGUUGCACUUUUCCAGGAGCUCCACAUCAUCAGCACAGUCACCAGAGUAGACGCUGCUGCACAACACACAGGUCAAAGACGAGGCACUCUGGAGGAGAUCAUCCAUAACUUGGACUACUGCGAUAUUCUGGUAAUAGGCGAGGAGUUGAACCCUGCACAGGAGUCACUCCAACUGGGGCGCAGCAUUCUGCUUGGGAAACACCUCGAUGCCACCAACUCCACAUCCGGGAUGUCCAUAUAUGGUGUGGACUCCAUGUCAAACUACGAAGAGGUGAUCCGAGAGGUGCAUUACUCCAACUGGCAACCUGCACAGUUAACAGAGAGGAGGUUCCGCCUCACAUGCUCAGAGCUCAAUGGACGCUACACCAGCAAUGAGUUUAACUUGGAGGUGAGCAUAAUCCACGGUUCAGAGGUCGGGGAACGUGUCAGUCACAGCGCUGCUUCGCCUCAGUACAUGCAGUUAGUCCACAAUCCAUCCAUGAUUCAUGAGCUGUACCCUAGGCACAACUCAGGUGUGCCGAGUACCGCCGCAGUGGUCACUGUCAUCUGCAUCGCCGCCCUGGUGGUAGUGGUUGUGUUAGGCGUCUACCACAUCCAUUUAACACACCAGCAACAAGUCAAGAUGUCCGAGGCCACCAAAGAGGAAGACGGGGCCUGGGACAAGUCGGGUCUCUCAAUCACCAUCAACCCAAUGGAGAAUCUGCAGGACACCCAGGCUGCAGAUGAGGAGGCCAGCGAGGACGAAGAGGAGGAGGACGACGACGACGACGACGAAGAGGAGGAGGAUGACGACGUCACCAGUGCAGAGUCGGACAACAGCGAGGAGGAAUUGGACGUGCAACUACCCAGCAUGCAAUGCAAGAAGGCACACAAACAAUAAUGUCUAAUUGAAACUCCAAGUCAGUCAUCUUACACACACACUGAUCUGCAUAAUAUUCUGUAAUCACCCUGACACACACUGGCUUGUGGCUUUUAGAAAAAAAUGAGGUAAUAUCGCCCCCUGCUGGACUUAAUACGUAUUAGCCUCACCCUAGUGAUUAAAAAUAAAAUCACAGGGAAACAUGUGGAACAGGUGGUUCUCGGGACUGUGAAUGAUGUCUAUAUCUACAGGGCAUCCGGGAAUUCACAUUGCUUCAGUUUUACCACAUUUUAUUCUAAAAUGGAAUACAUUCAUUUUUGUCCUCAAAAUUCUACAGACAAUACCCCUAAACAAAUUUUUUUUUUUUUUUUUUUUUUUGCAAAUAUAUUUAAAAUGAUCACAUCCUUUGCUCAAUAAUAUGUACAUUGCUGCCUAAGGUGCAUCAACAGAGACACCUGUGAUAAAAAAAAAAAAAAACGCUUCCCAUUUAACCUGAUGAAUCUUGAGAGGUGCUGCAAAGAGGAAUGGGCCAAACUGCCCAAACAUAGGUGUGCCGAGCUUGUGACGUCAAAUUUAAAAAAAAAACUUGAGGCUGUAUUUGCUGCCAAAGUUGCAUCAACAAAGUAUUGAGCAAAGGCCGGGAAUACUUGUGUACAUGUGAUUGUUUUAUUAUUACAUUUGAAAAAAAAAUUAAAGCACCUUUUUACAUUUUCAUUAUGGGGUAUUGUCUGUAGAAGAUUUAGAACAAACAUGAAUUGAUUCAAUUUUGGAAUAAGGCUGUAACAUUUUUUUGUUUUAUUAAAUUUGCAAAAUAACAAAAAAAAAUCCACGUUGUCAUGUUGAGAAAAUGCUGUGAAUACUUAUGUACAAGUGAUUUUUUUUGCUUUUUAUUUUUAGUAAAUUUGCAAAAUAAAAUAAAAAAUAAUCACAUUGUCAUUUGGGGUAUUGUCUGUAGAAUUUUGAGGACAAAAAAAUAAUGUAUUCCAUUUCUAAAUAAGGCUGCAGCAUAAAGUAUGGAAUAAGCGAAGCGCUGUGAAAACUUUCCGGAUGCACUGUAUGUGUCCUGUGAUUGACAGUCCGGGGUGAACUUCGCCUUUCACCGAGUAGCUGGGAUAGGCUCCAGCUUCCACCAUUUAACAAUAUUAGGGGUAAUAAAAAAUGACAUGCAUCACAAAACACUUAAAUAUUAAAUCGUAAUAUUUACUGUUUUAGGUAAUCAUUUUGUUCACAUUGUUCCCCAAUCUAUUUAGUUGAGUUGAUGCACUAAUUUAAAACAUGUAAUUUAUUUUAAAAAAAAUAAAAAAUAGUAUAUUAUUUUUUGGUUUGUAUACAACAUGUAAUUUAUCAGUGUUUUGGCCCAUGUGGCAAAGCCAGGUGAUUUUACAGAAUAACUUAUUUUCAAUGGAACUAACAAAAAAAAGAAAAAAAAAAGUGAAAAGAAAACAUUUUCCUUUUAAACUCAAGGAGUUGAAGUUUUGUGUUUCGGGGUUUGACAGAGGAGCCUCGUUGUACAUUUUUAUACACUAUCUUGUAAAUAGAGAGAACAGUAGUUGAUCCCCUGCCACCAACAUACCAUCUUUACCCGACUUCAUUUUUCUUGUAUAAAACGUCAGAAACUUUAGUCUGCAGAAAUAGUGUGCGUUUGACUUCUGUUGGCUUUGUUUGUGAAGUGUCAGCGUCUCCAUGGACACCAGGACAGUCCUAUCAGAAAACUGUACAUAUUUUCAAAGAAGAAGGGUGAGGGUGCAGUUACACAAACAAAAUAAAGGAUACAGUACAGUGGUUACCUGAAAAUAUUGCAAACACAGACUAAAAUGGAGUAACCAGCACAAUACAAUGCACUGAACUCGUACACUAAAACUAAUCUGAGUGUUUUAAUAUUAGAAUAACGGCUAUCAAAAUUAACUAAUGUAAGUAAUCACAUGUAUAUACUUUGAAUAAUCACACAAUUUGAAAAUAGUAUCAUUUGACAUCAUUAAUUGUAAUAUUCCCCAAAAAUUCAUGGAAAAAUACAAAUGUAUUCCCCUAAAACUGAGAAUUUUAUCUUGAAAACCUUAUAAAAUAGAAACGUAUGAUUUAUGAUUAAGUAUUUUAUUAAUAGUUUUUUUUUUGCCCAAGUCAUUGUUAUACUAUUCCAUGUAUAAAUAACACUUAUAGAUCAUAUUUCCACUUAGCAAUUUAGAUUGCAAAUUAAGGUCUGACAAGAGCAUGCCUCACACUAAGGAACAUAAACAACAUAUUCAAGUUAUUCAUUUUGCAACUACUGCAGUUUCCUUCUAUUUUCAAACAGUGUUUUGUGGCAGAGAGAAGACACAAAACUGGCCACAAAACUGGCCACAAAAAGGUCACAUUUUUACUCAGGCUGUCAUUUCUUAAUCAGAUAAAUCACAUUUUGGAAUUUGGAUGAAUCAUUAUUAAUAAUAAUGAUAAUGAUAACGCACUUGCAGGCAGCAUGGUGGCACAGGGGUUAGUGCAUGUGGCUCACAAUAUGAAGGUCCUGAGUAGUCCUGGGUUGGAUCCUGCGCUCGGUAUCUUUCUGUGUGGAAUUUGCAUGUUCUCCCCGUGACUACGUGGGUUCCCUCCGGGUACUCCCACCUCCAAAGACAUGCACCUGGGGAUAGGUUGAUUGGCAACACUAAAUUGACCCUAGUGUGUGAAUGUGAGUGUGAAUGUUGUCUGUCUAUCUGUGUUGGCCCUGCGAUGAGGUGGCGACUUGUCCAGGGUGUACCCCGCCUUCCACCCGAAUGCAGCUGAGAUAGGCUCCAGCACCCCCCGCGACCCCAAAAGGGACAAGCGGUAGAAAAUGGAUGGAUAAUGCACUUGCAUAGUUAAAAUUGGCUUAUUAAAAGAGCCCAAUAUUUGUACACAAAUGUUAUAUCUAUCUAUCUAUUUUACUGUCAGAAUGUCAUCCAGGAAUGCUUUUAAACGUUUUACUAGUUUUACUUUGGCCAAAACUCGCAACACUUUAAUGUUAAAUUCUUUCAGGUUGUGUUUUGGGGUAAAUUUACUCAUUUUUGUAGUGACGUAUGCAUUGAUCUGUUUACUGACCGUACAGCGGUUAAGGUAAAAGAGCUUAUACGGUCUAAAUAAAUUACAUUAUUAUUCUAAGUGCGAUAAUUUUCUGUGAUUCGUCACAAGUUACCUCAUUAAUUUUCUAUCCAUCCAUUUUCUACCGCUUGUCCCUUUUUGUGGUGCUCAUUAAUUUUGACAGCCAUAAUUUCCAAACAAACACGUUUACACGUGCAGAGGUUGCCACCUGCUGGUGAUUACACAGAAUUAAACUUUAAAAACCCAAACUUACACUUUUACCCCAAUAAAAAGUUGAAAUACUCACUACUCAAAUUUCUGAAAGUACUUUAAGUAAUAAAACAGUUGCUUCAUCCUCAAAUGUCACCCAAAAGUUGAAUAUCCCUGAUAUGUGAGUAUUAAAACUGCUCUCAUUAUAUUUAAACGAGUGCUGUCAAACAAUUAUUUUUUUUAACCAGAUAAUCACUUUUGAAUUUUGAUUAAUCUCAGUAAAUUAAUCGCUUAAGUAAUUUAAAAUUACCUUUAAAAAAUACCCACAUUUUGGACACAAACGCAGUUUAAAUGGCAGAUGUUCUAAACCAGGGGUCUCCAAAAUCCGGCCCGUGUGAAGUCCGAAGUAAAAAAAAUAUAUAUAUAUAAUAUAUAUAUAUAUAUAUAUAUAUAUAUGUAUAUAUUUUUUUUAUUUAUUUUUUUAUCUGUACUUUCUAAUCCAUUUUCUACCACUUGUUACUCUCAGUGUGUCCUAGCCGCUCAGGCAAAUCAUAUUGUCUAAAAAUGCAUGAUCCCAUCGAUAAUGUGACAUUAUCGCGCU